AUGCUCGGUCCGAUCGAUCGCGCUCAUGGGGAACCGCGACGCGACUUGGACAUGAUUACCUACUUACGACUUGCCAGGCAGAUUCCUGCUCUCUUCCACGCAUCCCCUCUUUUCUGCGCUACUUUGCCAUGGUCCCCGUCAAGCGGGAGGUUACGAAGGAAUCUCCGGAGGGAAGCAGCAAGCGCCUCUGCACCCCUGCCAUUCGCCAACAGUUCGGGCGGGAUUGCAGCAUACGGGCGGGGGAGGACGAGAUUGCCGGGGGCGUACCAUACGUAGUUCAUGUCCGAAGGAGAGGAACCGCGAAGGGGGACUCUUCGCGAGACGCGCCGUCAUCCUCCUCACGAGACACACCCACAACUAACUCACGGCCCCCCUCUCGCUCCAUACCAUCUGGAAAAAGCGAGGAUCCAGUCGAUCUGACCGACGAAUCACUCCUCGGCAAACGCGAGGAAUCACCCCUGCACAUUGACUUGACCUGGGACGAGGAAGAUGAGAGUAAACCGACACUCAACGCUUCUGUACCUCCUCCGAAUCCCUCUAUACCUCCUUCUGGAGCUACAACGCCGUCCCCGGGACACAUGAUAUCGUUCUCGAGGACUGCGGGACCCUCAUCUGAUGGCUCGAAGCCGCAUUCGAUUAGUGGCCCGAAACCGAGCUCAUUGUCAUCCACCUAUCCAUCUCAGUCCACUUCGAGGAGUCCUGCCAGUCAAGGCCCUCGAUCUGGGCGGCCUAUGUCGCGCAAUGCCACCCCAGGUCCCUCCCGCCUUCGCGGUCAGCCCAUGAAUACACAACCGCCUUCGAGGGCUCCGCCGUCAGCGGCGAGCAAUGCCACACAAACGAGGUCGCCGUCUGUGCGCCCCUCGCGAGCUGCAGCUGCAGUAGGUAUCCGCACGCCUGCAGUGGGGUCUCGAACUGGGAGCAGCACGCCCUCGCAAUCGAGCCGCCAAUCCUUGUCCCCUUCCUACAUCUCGAGCGAUUCGGAAAGCGACUCGUCCUCGUCCGAAGACGACUCCGAACGUACCUCAGAGAGACAGAGGAAAAGGCCAACGCAUCGUACGCAGGGUCGCCGUACCUUUCCCGACUACACAAUUCCACAUAAGCGCCCAGACGUGGAUCUGUGGCCGGCUGCGAGCGUCCCGAAGGCAGCCCACGCUGCCGCACGGCGUAUCCUGGUGUCUUCUGCGAGCAAGGAGUAUCCGAUUAUGACUGUCUCGCGGCGUGGAGACCUGCAGUUCUUCCGCCCGUAUGAGCCUGAGGAUGAGUUCGAGGCGAUGGGGGAGGCGAAAUUGACUCGCUUGGCUGGCAAGUCCAUACCCUCUGAGGGCAGGAACCUAAUAGAGGACGCGUGCGUCACAGCCAAAGGGAGAAUGGUAGUUGCCUAUCACAAUGGCCCUGUACAAAUCGCCUACAUAGAGAUAUCUUCUGACCAUCCCCGUCUGAUCCCAGCGUUGGAAAACGCACCGCAUACGCCAAUAACGCGCAAGAAGCGUCCCGACACGACGACUACCUGUCUCACGCCUGCUGUAGGUCCUGGCAAGGAUGGCUUCUUCACCGGCGGUUGGGACAAGCACAUCUUCUCUUGGGCUUUUGAUCAUGACCCUACUGACGCCGAUACAAUCGACCUGACCGCUGAAUCCUCUGAUAUGGACAUUAGCGACGAUGAGGGCGACUCGAGUGUCGGCGCGGGCGACUCCAAUGCUGGCGCGGACGACUCUCGUGGUCGCGUGCACACCGCCCACGGUCGCACCACCACCACGACGGCCUCCUCGAGUCUAAUUCGAACGAAAGUCCUUCAGCUCGCCGCGGUGCCUCGCGCGCUAGCGAACGCGGGCAAUAGAUUGUUCGUCGGCUACCAGCAGACGCUCGUAUCUAUGGAUCUUGCGCGCCCCGCCGCUGCACUCGCCACGUCCAAGUUGUCGAACUCGGUGCAGCAGAUGCAUGUGAAUAAGGCAGAGGAGAGGGUGAUUAUGCUUGAGACGGACCACCGCGACCACCAGAAUCAGCUCUACGAUACUAGGGAAGGUUUCGACAAACCACCUGUCGUCCAGUUCGGCCAUCGAACACACGAACAAGGCCACACAUUUUACAAGGGCGACUUCUGGCUAUCAUACUUCGUACGAGGAUAUCCUGAUCACUCGCUCCGUGUAUGGGACAUCCGCAAUGUGAAGACGCCUGUCCUGACCCGCACGACAUCAUGCGUGGUCACGCACGCUGUAUUCCAGCCCGGAAGCGCGGGCACCGUACUUGCGUUUGGCAAGUCGGACGUGUUCUGUACGGACGUGAAGCGCGAUGGGUAGACCUGUCACCACUAUGUUGUUUGUUUCCAAAUGCUGUCUAGCUGUCAAUGUUUGUUGUCCAUUGUUCGUUCGUCCAAUCCAAAGCUUCGAGUACAUGCAGUAAUCAUGCGUUAUAUUAUUGUCUUGAGCGUAUAUCCGAAUCCAAACAAUCAUCGUACGUCGUGAGAUAUCCAUCCGAUCCGUGUAUUCAAUCUACCUGAACGACUCUGGUAUCGGAGUGCUCGUGAGCAUGUAGCCCACCCUAGGGCAUCCACUCCGCCCUGAUCGCAUGGUCUACUUUCACGUCUACUUCCACCAAGUCUACUGCUUCUUCGACCACCCACCAAGCUCUACCGCGAACGCCGUCGCGAGCUUGGAGAACUCGAGGAUGUGCUCGAAGCUGAACUCGUCCGAGAUGUCGGAGCGGUCGUUCGUCGAGUGGAUGUUCUUGUUC